CUCAUAGUAGAGGAAAACUAAUUGUCCCGACGCGUGUAUAAAUGCAGAGUUCAAGUAUCAUUCCUCGUCUAUUGUACAUCGGACAUCCUGUGCAAAUAAAGUAUGACAACCAUGAAGAUGCUCGCAGUGCUCUGCCUCUUCGUCCUCGGUGCACUAUCGGCACCAGAACGUGAUGGUGACCUCUACGACAUGUUUGAUGCAAAAAUGAUACUGGAGGAUGACAAACUAAGAAGCAAGGCAAUAGAUUGCUUAUUGGAUCGGGGGGUUUGCGACGACUACCAACCUAUUAGAGACAAAGGACCGCGUCUCAUUAAGACGAGAUGCGAGGAUUGUACUCCGGAGCAGAAGGCCGUGUUCGAAGAGUCUAUGAAAAUUCUGGAAGAAAAAUUCAACAAUGACUUCAAGGAAAUUAUAGCUAAAUAUGCUUAAUUGUUUUGUGUUUUUUAUGAUUUGAAAUUAAAUAAAGUUAAUACUUUAUUUACGGAAUAUAAUUAAUUGGUAUUAUUUCAAUCAUUGUUGCAAGGUAUGCGGACGAUUCACGCAGGAAAUACUUGUACUAUGCAAUUUAUAGUACUAAAAAAGGCUAAUGGUAUUCUUAUUAUUCAAACAAAUAUUUUUUCAACAUUAAAAGCAAUAAUCGUAAUAAGUUUCUACCUACGUUCGGUAGCUUUUGUAAGAAAACUAUCAUCAAAAUGAAGAUAGCUGGUAAACAGGUGUCUGCUAGAAUCACUUUGAAUAUUAUAUAUGUGUGUCAUUCACAAAAGUGGCUGAACAUAUUUCAAAUUGCCUUUAAACACUUGUGUACUUUGCAACGAUCGCUUUUUUUAUAGAAAGUAAACCUCAAGGGGAUGAUUAUAUUUUAGAUAUAAAAAAAUAUAUUUCUAUUGACGUUAA